AUGAAAUCGCACAUACAGUACAGUCAGUUCCAAGUAAACGCGAUACUGAGUUCAAUCUACAUCGGUCAGCUGCCUUCAAGUUUCAUCGGGGGUUAUCUGGCCUAUCGAUAUUCAGCUAUUAGGAUUUUCCUGGCGUCAUUUGGUGCCGGCUCCAUUGUCCAUGUCCUUGGUCCUGUCAUGUUUGGCAACUUUAGAACUGCAGUGAUCCACCGUGUCUUGGCAGGCCUGGUAGAGGGACUAUGCGAACCCGCCGCAUUUGGCGUGCUAAGCCAAACCUUAACACCAAGGCAAAGUGCAAGAGUUUCCCCCUAUAUCUUUGCAGCAUACUACUUUGGCCAGUCUCUUGGAAAAAUCUCAACAGGCUUUUUGACGCAAAGACUGGCCUGGCAGACAGCAUUCUACGUGUUUGGCUUGGGUGAGAGGCAAGAUGCACUGGAUACACAAAGUCAGGACAAAGAGGGUUUCAAAACGAAAGGUGUUCCAUUCUGUCACAUCUUCACGUCUCCUGCCGUCUGGGCCUACGUUAUGAUUCUAGCAGCAUCCUACGUUUGGGAGCCAACUCUCCUGCCCCUGUACUUUCAGCAAAGCUUCGGGGUACAGGUCGAACUG